UACGUCUCCGAGGUACGUAGUACGGAAAAGUGGGUGUUGCUUUCGUCAUUUGAUAGUUGCACUUGUACCAGUAGGUUGGUACUGUUACCGUACAUUUCGGUGGUCGAUACGAAUUAGUAUCGCUUAUUUUUAUUAUCCGCAAUAAGAGUCAUGCGUUGGUUGUAGUCGGAACAAUAAAUAUCACCCUCUGUCAAGAUGAUAGGGGGUUUGUUUGUAUAUAAUCAUAAAGGAGAAGUACUCAUCUCCAGAGUAUAUCGAGAUGACAUUGGACGAAAUGCAGUCGAUGCAUUUCGUGUUAAUGUUAUCCAUGCCAGGCAACAAGUACGAUCACCUGUUACCAACAUUGCAAGAACAUCUUUCUUCCAUAUAAAACGAGCCAACAUUUGGUUGGCUGCAGUUACUAAACAAAAUGUUAACGCAGCAAUGGUAUUUGAGUUCUUGUUAAAAAUCAUUGAUGUCAUGCAGUCAUACUUUGGCAAGAUUUCUGAGGAGAACAUCAAGAAUAACUUCGUAUUAAUUUACGAAUUAUUGGAUGAAAUUUUGGAUUUUGGAUACCCUCAGAAUUGUGAUACCGGAGUAUUAAAGACAUUCAUCACUCAACAAGGAGUAAAAUCAGCAACCAAAGAAGAACAAGCUCAAAUAACAUCGCAAGUAACUGGUCAGAUUGGAUGGAGACGAGAGGGUAUUAAGUAUAGACGCAAUGAGUUAUUCCUGGAUGUUCUCGAAUCUGUGAAUCUCUUAAUGAGUCCUCAAGGGCAAGUGCUUAGCGCACACGUUGCUGGAAAGGUUGUAAUGAAAUCUUACUUGUCUGGAAUGCCAGAAUGCAAGUUUGGAAUCAAUGAUAAAAUUGUUAUGGAAUCUAAGGGUAUGAAGGGUGGAGGUGGUAUAGGAGGCGGAGGAGAUGAUCCUACCGGCGCUAGAUCCGGUAAACCCGUCGUUGUCAUCGAUGACUGCCAAUUUCAUCAAUGCGUGAAGCUCAGUAAAUUUGAAACUGAACAUGCUAUUAGUUUCAUACCAGCUGAUGGUGAAUUCGAGUUGAUGAGAUAUCGUACAACUAAGGAUAUAUCAUUACCAUUCCGUGUCAUUCCAUUGGUACGCGAGGUGGGUCGCACAAAGAUGGAAGUGAAAGCAGUUUUAAAAUCAAAUUUCAAGCCAUCCUUGCUGGGACAAAAGAUCGAAGUGAGGGUGCCGACACCGCUGAAUACCGCGGGAGUACAGUUGAUUUGUUUGAAAGGAAAGGCGAAGUACAAAGCGUCGGAAAACGCAAUUGUAUGGAAAAUCAAACGCAUGCCUGGUAUGAAGGAAACUCAGUUAUCCGCAGAGAUUGAUUUACUUGAAACUGAUACGAAAAAGAAGUGGACGCGGCCUCCGAUAUCGAUGACUUUUGAAGUACCGUUCGCGCCAUCUGGAUUUAAAGUACGUUAUUUGAAAGUGUUUGAGUCCAAAUUAAAUUAUUCCGAUCAUGAUGUUAUAAAAUGGGUGAGAUACAUAGGCCGAAGCGGGCUGUACGAGACACGAUGUUAAUAACGUCUCGCCCCGUAAAUUGUAAAUGAGUAAUCCCAAUGCAUAAUGAAUAUGACUUUUUUUUAAAUUAUUUCUUUUUGCGGCGCAUAUGCCGAGCAGUUCUCUGGUAUACUCGGAUCAGCCGGCGAGUGACUAAGAAAUAACGGAGGGUACCAAGAGGAAGAGAUCUGUUUGUGCCAAUGUUUUUUGUUGUCUAAUUUUUCAUAUCGUCCAUUGUAUUUUAUCGUAACGUCUCCGUUGUGUUUAGAACUGUUUUGUAAAACAAUUUUAUUUGAUCCGAUUUUAAUAGAAAUCUCGUUUCCAUAUAGGUCGAUGUCGGUUAUUUCGUAUAUCGGUAUAGAUUUUAAUUUCAAAUGUACAAGUUCCGAGUAGCGUUGUAUUUAAUCGCUGUGCAUUAUGUUGACAACGUCGUUCAUUCUUUUUAUAAGAUGAAAAAAAAAAACCACCUCUUCGGUAUCAAUAUGACGAGAAAAACAUAGGUAUCGCUGAACAUCGAGGAUAGAUGCAACAUGCGCGCAAUGAAGUAUAGAUUAUUGAAAACAUUUGUUGACAGCUAUGAAAAUGAAUAGAUAAUGUCUUGAUUCACUGUAAGGAAAAAAAUUAUGUCUCUCUAUUCGUAUGCAUAAUAAAGUAUAUAUGUGAUUUAAA